AUGCUUUCCCGGGCCUUCCACCGACUACCAAAAACCCCAUCCCAACUCACCCGCUCAUCAUCGAGCACCCCCCGCCCCCAAUCCUCCCUCCCAGCAUCCUACUACCGCGGCGGGACCUCGCGCGCCGUCUUCUUCAACCAGUCCGACCUCCCAACCAAGCGCACAGACUGGGCCCCCAUCUUCCGCGGCGUGAUCGGCAGCCCAGAUCCCUACGGACGCCAACUCGACGGCCUCGGCGGCGGCAUCUCAAGCCUGUCGAAGGUCUGCGUCGUUGGGAAAUCAACGCAUCCAGCCGCAGACGUCGACUAUACGUUUGCAGCCCUGGGCAUCAAGAAUACCGAUGUCGACUACUCCAGCAACUGCGGGAAUAUGGUGAGUGCGGUUGGGCCGUUUGCACUUGAUAGUGGGCUGUUCACUGCGCAAGAUGCGGACGCGGAGUCAAACUCGGCGGUCGUGCGGAUCCAUAAUACGAAUACCGGGAAGAUUGUCCAUGCGACGUUCCCCGUUGUUAAUGGCGAGGCUGCUGCGUCGGGGGAUCUAGCGAUUGAUGGGGUGUCUGGGACAGCCGCGGCUAUAAAGCUGGAUUUCGUGGAACCGGCGGGCUCGCGGACGGGGAAGUUGCUCCCAACAAACGGGGUCAAGGACGUUUUCGACGGGGUUGAAGCAACCUGCGUCGAUGUUGCGAAUCCGUGUGUCUUUGUCAAGGCCCAGGAUCUUGGAGUGAGUGGCACCCUGACGCCCGACGAAAUCACGGGCACGCCUGGUCUUCUGGAUCGGCUGGACAGUAUACGUCGGCAGGCUGGUGCGAAGAUGGGGCUUGCGGAUGGGCCGGAGAGUGUUCCAGGGAGUGUGCCGAAGAUUGGGAUUGUAUCGACGCCGGAAAGAGGGUCCGGUGUUGAUCUUGUUGUUCGCGCGCUGUCUGUUGGGCAGCCACACAAGGCUGUCCCGAUUACGGUCGCCCUUGCGCUGGCGACGGCGGCACGGUUGGAGGGGAGUACGGUUGCCGAAGUGACGAGUGCGGAGCCGGUUGAUUCAUCGGGGAUCACGAUCGGGCAUGCGAGUGGGAGUAUUCUUGUUGGGGCGACGUUUGGGGACGAUGGGCGGUUGGAGUUUGCGACGGUGUUUCGGACGGCGAGGAGGUUGUUUGAGGGCAGGAUUUUCUGGAAGUGA